GGCAUCUAGCACUAGAGCCUUCUUAAUAUUAAGAGCUCUGCACUCCAGGAACCUCUAAAAAAUUGCAACAAAAAUCCAAUCAUCAACACAUCAAGGCUAAAUCCGUCAACUUUUAAUUUGUGCAUUUUCUCAAAGAAGGAAGAAGGAAUGAUAAAAGUUAAAUAAAACUGCAAUUGCUAUUGAAUCCCUAAAGAUAAUCACAACUGGUCCUGAACAGCCAAAUCUGAGAGAGACCUGAGAAACAGUGCUACUCUGUUCUGUUAUUGUAUCUGGGGUAACCAUUAAAAAAAAACAUCUAUUAGCUCUACAGCGGCGUAAAAGAGAAGUCUGUAUUGAAACUCUCAGACCCUGACAGAGGCCUAAUGGUGGAUAAGGAAAUUAAGAACAGGGAUGGUAAAUGUCUGAAGGAGGUUCAUACAGUAACCGAGGCUUUGAAGACCCUGUACCGGGAGAAAAUGUGCCCGCUAGAGAAGUACUAUUGCUUCUCUGACUUCCACUCUUCAAGUCUUGAAGAUGCAGACUUUGACAACAAGCCCAUGAUACUGGUGGUGGGUCAGUGCUCAACAGGCAAGACCACUUUUAUCAGAUAUCUUCUUGAACAAGAUUAUCCAGGAAGCCGAAUUGGCCCUGAACCCACAACAGAUAGAUUCACCGCUAUAAUGCAUGGAGAGAUUGAGGGCAUUAUUCAUGGUAAUGCUCUAUCUGCGGACCCCAACAAGCCCUUCCGCAAGUUCAGCCCAUUUGGAACUACCUUCCUCAAUCGAUUCCAGUGUGCACAUAUACACAACAGAGUUCUAGAGAGUAUCAGCAUCAUUGACACACCAGGGAUCCUGUCUGUGGGCAAACACAGAAUGAGCAGAGGGUAUGAUUUUCCAGCAGUGAUUUGCUGGUUUGCAGAGCAUGUAGACCGCAUCAUCCUCUUGUGUGAUGCACAUAAGCUAGAUAUCUCUGAUGAGUUCUCACGCACUAUAAUGGCAUUGCGAGGCAAUGAGGACAAACUCAGAGUGGUGCUCAACAAGGCUGACAUGGUGGACUCCCAGGAGCUGAUGCGAGUGUACGGCGCACUCAUGUGGUCACUAGGAAAAGUGUUCUGCACUCCAGAGGUUCUCAGAGUCUACAUUGGGUCUCUCUGGUCCUCACCAAUGCAUAUGACCGACAAUCAAAGACUGUUUGAGCAAGAGGAGGCAGACCUUUUUGCAGAUAUUCAGAACCUGCCACGGAAUUCUGCAUUGCGAAAACUCAAUGAUCUGGUCAAACGGGCACGGCUUGUGAGGGCUCAUGCUUACAUCAUUAGCUUUCUAAAAGAACAGAUGCCUUUAGUUUUCUGCAGAGGUAAGAAGAAGAGAGAUCUUAUUUAUGACCUUCCCAUGAUCUUCUCAAGAAUCCAACAAAGGCAUCAGAUUUCACCUGGGGAUUUUCCAGAUUGUGCAAAGAUGCAGGAGCGACUCAUGAGUUAUGAUUUUGCCAAGUUUAAAGGCCUCAAGCCUAAGCUCUUAGCUGGUUUGGACGAGCUCCUAAACACUGACAUUGCCAAGCUGAUGCCUCUUCUACAGCAAGAAGAACAGGAGGCAGCUGAACAACUUGUGGUGCAAGGAGGAGCCUUUUUAGGGACCAACAAGGGGCCUUUUAUAGAAGGGAACCCCUUUCAUCAGUGUGGAUCCAAUGAAGAAAGUGAUCAUGUCUCAGACAAAGAAUGGGUGGUAUCAAAAGAUAAGCCAAAGUUUGAUGAGCUCUUUUACAACCUCUCGCCCCAUGAGGGUAAGCUUAGUGGGACUAAAGUGAAGGACUGGAUGAUGAGCACUCGUCUCCCCAGUUCAGUCCUGGGACGAAUCUGGAAGCUAUCAGAUGUGGACUGUGAUGGCAUGUUAGAUGAUGAGGAGUUUGCUUUGGCCAACCAUCUCAUUGAGAUAAAGUUGGAGGGCUUUGGGCUCCCUCAUGAGCUGCCUGCUCAUCUCGUGCCUCCCUCCAAAAGAAGGCGCAAAUGCUCGGACACUGAGAAUAGAGACAAUAAUUAAGGGUCUGCAUUUCUUAAUGUUUAUGAUGAUAGUGUUAAAGACUCCAUGAAAUCGCAUGACAAAAACAGUUCUCUUUUCUGUGUUGACGUAUAUCCUAUUGAAACAGUGCUCGCCCACUUUUUCUGGUUCCGGUAGUAUUUUCCCCAUUCAUCUUUUCCAUAGGUAUUUCUUAAAAACCUCCAUAAAAGAAUUAUAAGCCAUGAACCAAACCAACCAUUUCUGAGGUAAAUCACAACAUUACAAACUUUGAUUUAAAGCAAAAAAUUAUUUGAAAAUCGGACAAAAUGUUCAUGGAUAUUGUAGUUCUUCACCAGGAAUUCUGCUAUUAAAUGCCAUUUUUAAACAAUGAAGUUGAAAUAAUGCAGACUUCAACAGACGCAUAUACUAUUGAUUAACAACCUCAAAGCUGCCUAUAUUUAAAUGCGUAUAAGAUAUUGUUAAUGAUCAAAUCACGUAUGGAGAAAAUGAAUGGGAUUUUUACUUCCAGAACCAGACUGUGCAUUCUAUUAGGGGUAGGGACAUUCUCAUUAUAGAGAGCAUUUGAUUGGACAAAAUCUGUGUAGUGCAAGCUGGGUCAUCUAUGUUUUUGGUCUGUUUUCCAGGAAGAGAAAGACUUUUAAAUGUGUGUAUCUGUUAAAAGGUUUUUCCCCCAACAUUUAAGUGUACACUAGCAUAUAGAUGGCAAUUUAUCAGACAUGGACUAAAGGCAGAAAUUAUUUUGCCAGAGAUGGAGCACUUGUAUUAAAAUGAAGGGGAGAAAUUGGAACACCCAAUUUGGCAGGUGUAGAACAGGAAAUUCCACCUUAAAUGUAAAAUGAGCCAAUCGCCUUUUAGAUACAGACUUCAACUGUCAGUAACACACAUAAGCAUUAGCUGGACCAGCUUGAAAAAUAUUACACAAAAAUUGCACAAUUUAUGCAUACAAUUUAUUACUUCUGAUUUGAAAUAUGUUAUUUGAUCGGAAUUUGAAAUAUGUUAUUUGAUCGUAAUCUUGACCAACCAUUUUGGUGAUUUCUGUCUUUCCCCAUUCAAUUAGACAGGAGCUGUACUUUUAUGCCGCUUGUAUCCAUAGAAGAUAGAUUGUUCUUUAUUCAACCUUUAGGUUAGCAACAAUACUUAACACAAUGUAUAGAUUAGAAAAUGUCUACUCACUCCUAUAAUGCCUGAACUUGGUGUGCAAGUUUAAGUUGAAAUUCAUACAGCAAAUCAAUCUAAAAAAAAGAAAGUGUUUUGGUGGUUUACCCAAGGGUUGGAACAGGUUAUCUGUUCUUGUUGCUUUUCUGCUGCAGUACAUUAUGCAUCUCUGUUUAAUUGUCAUUGAGUUGAUUCAUGGGUUGAAUAAUUGUUUAAAGGAAUACAUUUUUAGCAUGCUCAGUAGUCUAACACCGCUCAUCAAUAUCAAUUGAUAAAAUCAAAGAAGGCAGUACAAAGAAGUGGGAACCUAGUAGAUAAUUCCAGUGGCACACAUCAGCAAAGUCAGCAUUUAAGAUUAAGAAUGUUAGUGCCAUACAUUUACCAUACAACUAAACAUGCAAUAUAUUAGCUCAAUAUUUUAAGAUGGCGCUGAAGUACAGGCCGACAGUUAAUUCCAAGGAUGCAAACUACUCACCUUUUGACAAAAUUCGCCAUUUUGAAUUGAAAUAAAAUCAUGUUUACAUUAUGUGAUUCUUAAGUCAUUCAUGAUUGUGAGUGUGAAAACAUUA